AUGAAUAAUACCAGAGAAGAAAUAAAAACCUUCAAAAUCUUUCGUCAGUCGAACUACGAACAAGUUCGUGAAAAAAUAAUGUCAAAGGAGUUUUCUGUCAACACAGUGGUAAAAAUUUAUGAGAAGGAUCGAACUAAAAUUUCAAGAUCAAGAUUCUUACCGCUAACCAGAGACGGAGGAUUUUUUUUCGAAUAUAGUAUUCUUCAUUUGGCUGUUUAUCUAGACGACGAUAAUUUCGUAGACUUCCUCCUGGAGAACAAUGCCGACACGAAGCUAGUGACAAUAGAUUCGGCACCGGUGAUUUUAUCGGCGAUAGGUUUGAACCGCUUGAAGUACGUGAAGAAAUUAGUGACAGCUGGAGCUAUUGUCAAUCAGGUUAUCAGUGUAAUAGACACAUAUGAGGGAGGAAGUGAUUGCUAUAGUUAUGGAGGUUAUCAUUGCUUUAAUUAUACUGAGUAUACACCUCUGGAAUUCGCUGUCAGUCAGGAUUCAUAUGAAGUUGCUGAAUUUCUCAUCAGCCAGGGCGCUGAUGUUCACGGAAGAAUUGGCAAUGAUGGAGAAUCUGCCGACUCACCGAUGGGUAUUGCUGUUUCGUCAAAUAACCUACAAAUGAUUAAAUUGCUGAUCAAACACGGGGCUGAUAUUAUUAUUAGAGACGAGAAUGGUUUGACUCCUCUGAUGAAAGCAGCUCUUGUUAACAGUAAUUCAGCAAGUCGCAGGUUUUUGUUAAGUCAUCCUUUUAUAGAAAUAAACUCUCUGACUGAUGACAAGAGUUUUUGUCUUCACUUUCCAGAUAUUUGGGAUGACACUGGUGAUCCUGCGUCUAGUCUUGAAGAUCUUCUGGAUGCAGGUUGUGAUAUUAAUAUUGUGAACAGUCGUGGCGAGUUACCAAUUGAUACCUAUAAAGACAAAAGAAGGUGCCGUGAGGUUAUGAAGAAACAUAUUGUUAAGCUGAUGGCGGCUGACUUUUACGUCUGCGAUAGGAAUAAAGCAGAAGCUGUUUCAGAAAGUGAAUUAGAAAACUUUAGAGUUGAAUGUGAUGGAGAAGUUGAAGUUAUGAAAAAUACUUAUGGAAUAAUGGCUAAAUUUUCUUUGUUUGAUAUACUGCACAUAUCUUAUCACAAACUGGCGCUGAGGAUCAAGGAUGGAGAUGAAGAUAAGUUUGACGACAAAAUGGCGGCCAAAUUUCCUCUGUACGCAGGAAUGAUUAAGUAUCGCUUGGAAGUUUUUUUUUUUACUUCAUCUAAUCCAUGGCUGAUAGUAUAA